CCUAACAUGAAAUGCACGACCGAGAUGGCACCACGCGGGCGGACCCCCUGUAUGUACGAAGAGAUUGGUGUAGUCUCCUCCAAGUCUUCCUCCUUCAGCACUGAUCAUCGUCUUCUCUCUCCCCAAUUCGCUCCAAAAUCCAUUGCCCAGAGACUCUCUUCCCCAACUUUGCUCUGAAAUUUCUCUCUCCAACAUGUAUGGAGGUCGCAACACUUCCAGUGAUCGCCAGGUAAUCACCUUGAAGAUUCUGGUAGACAAGACCAGAAACCGAGUCAUCUUCGCCGAGUCCGACUUCGAGUUCAUCGACUCGCUCCUCUCGUUCUUGACACUACCACUAGGGAAAGUGGUUCGAUUGCUCAGCUCCGAAUCGGCCGCGAUCGGCUCCGUAACCCGAAUCUACGGCAGCGUGUCGUCUCUUGAAUCUCGCAAUCUGCGAAAUGAUCAAUAUAAGGAUUUGUUGCUUGAUCCGAAAAACGCAUCGGAGUCCGAAUGCAAUCGAUUGAAGCUCCAUGCCUGCUCUCUGGGGCGUGGAAUUUGGCACACGCGCGAAGAAGACGGUGGAGUGUUUUUGAAGGGAGGAGCUGCUAGGUUUAUGAUUACUGAUGAUUUGCAGGUGAUUCCUGGUUCUACUGCUGCUUGCAUUUCGCUUUUCCGUAAGCUUGGGAUCAAGGAUGGAAAUGAGGUUGAGGAGAGGACUGUUGAAAUUGGAGCAAAGGAGGUACUGCUUCUGCUGAAGUUUGCAUUGCUCUCCAAGUCACCCUUGACAGCGGUGAUACUGCCAAACCAAGGCAGCAGCAUAAAAGAUACUGUAAAAUUCCAGCAGAAGAAAAGAGCUCAAUCGGACAAAAAGUCUAGAGCUGCUAACUCAAAUAAUAUGAACUUGAAACUUCUAGUCAGCAAAUCUAAGAAAACAAUUUUGUAUGCGGAAGCUGGAGUGGAUGUGGUGGAAUUUUUAUUCAGCUUCCUCACUUUUCCUAUUGGGUCUGUAAUAAAGCUUCUCAGUAAGAAUUCUGGCUUUGGGUGCAUGGAUAACUUGUACAAGAGUGCUGAAGUUUUGAGUGCUGGAAGUUACAUUAAGUCAGAAGAGUGCAAGAAAAUUGUCUGUCCAAAGUUAGUUCUAUUUUCCAAGUUUGAGAAGCAGCUACUUCAGAUAGAAGAAGCCUUUUAUCCACAGUACAAGUUUAAUUUUGACAGUGGGUCAUGGUCAGAGACCGAUGCAAAAGCUGAAUCAAAGAGCUCUCCCGCAGAACCUUUGGAAGAGGGAGGUCGUUUUCCUGUCGUUAUGGCUCCCACUGGAGAAAUCAAUGCUGGGAAAGGAUACAUGAAGGGGCCUGCAACAUUCAUGAUUACAGAUAACUUGUAUGUGACACCACUUUCCCCUAUCAUGAGUGUAGCACUUCUCAACCAAUUGAAUGUGCCAAUCAACGAUGUUGUGGAGCGUGUGGUGACCAUGGGCAUUGACGAGGACUUUACCAAAUGUGGAUAGAAUUUUCUGGUUGAAAUCACCAUUCAAAUGAUGCUUGGAACCCUCCUUUGAGCUACACACUUAAUUAUGCCACCUCUUCAUGGCAUUUCUCAGCAAUGCUACAAAGCCCAGAAAAUUUCCCCAAAAAGUAGCAAGAGAAUACAAUGGAUUAGAUUCAGUUGGGGCGUCACCCACGGAACACUAAAUUUAAAUGUACACCAUACACUUCAUUUUCUAACAACCUUUUGGUUUUUCGGGCUCCCUAGCAUGUUCCUUUCGAUGAUGUGGUCUACUAUAGCUUCACAAUGUGUUGAGAUCAUUGUAUGUGGCUAAAUUGCCUACAAUAUUAACUAGCCUUUGAACUGGUAAAAGCCACAAGCCGAUAGAAGCAAUGACCAAUGUACUUGCUUUGUAAAUUAUUACCUGAAAGAUGGUUGUGGCUCUGAUUUACAAAUUGAUUUGUAAAGACCCCCAUUCUAUG